AUAGUAUUUUUCUAUAUAAAGGGAAAGUUUUUCUAGUUUCUCUUAGCCAUUGCUCAAUUCUUGUUCCUUCUUCCCAAUGGCUAGCACAAAAUCACAGUUUAGUUUCUCUUUGAUUCUCUUUGGUGUAUUUACAUUAGCUACCCUGGAUUUUACAGGUGCUCAAACAGGAGUUUGUUAUGGAAGGCUAGGGAAUGGAUUACCAUCUCCAGCAGAUGUUGUGUCACUAUGCAACCGAAACAACAUUCGGAGGAUGAGAAUAUACGAUCCUCACCAGCCGACUCUCCAAGCGCUCCGAGGCUCCAACAUUGAGGUCACACUAGGUGUCCCGAACACGGACCUUGAAAAUGUCGCUGCUAGCCAAGCCAAUGCAAAUACUUGGAUCCAAAACAAUGUCAAGAACUAUGGUAACGUCAAGUUCAGGUAUAUAGCAGUUGGAAAUGAAGUUAGUCCCCUAAAUGAAAACUCUAAGUAUGUACCUGUCCUUCUCAAUGCUAUAAGGAACAUUCAAACCGCGAUUUCUGGUGCCGGUCUUGGAAACCAGAUCAAAGUUUCCACAGCUAUUGAAACUAACCUUACUACAGACACCUCUCCUCCAUCAAAUGGGAGAUUCAAAGAUGAUGUUCGACGAUUUAUCCAACCUAUCAUCGACUUCCUCAAGACGAAUAGCGCCCCUUUGCUUGUCAACCUUUAUCCUUAUUUUGCAGUAGCAAACAAUCCAGAAAUUAAUCUUGAGUAUGCGCUUUUUACAUCCCCUGACGUUGUUGUCAAUGAUAACGGAAGAGGAUACCGAAACCUUUUUGAUGCCAUCUUAGAUGCCACAUACUCGGCCCUUGAAAAGGCUGGGGGCUCAUCUUUGCAGAUUGUUGUAUCAGAGAGUGGUUGGCCUUCAGCUGGAGCAGGACAGUUAACAUCCAUUGAAAAUGCCAGAACUUAUAACAACAAUUUGAUUCAGCACGUGAAGGGAGGGAGUCCUAAAAGGCCUUCUGGGCCAAUAGAGACCUACGUUUUCGCUCUGUUUGAUGAAGAUCAGAAGAAGAAUGGUGAAAUUGAGAAGCAUUUUGGACUAUUUUCAGCAAACAUGCAACCAAAGUACCAGAUCAGUUUUAACUAGUUAAAAAGAAGAGAGCAUUAAAAGGAAUAAGGACUUUCCUCUGUAUGUAUGUAAUCCUGAAUAACAUUCCAGCUUCAAGAGAAAGUAGCCUAGUGGCAAUAUGUACUGAAAUCAUCAAGCUCAUAAAAAAAAGCAAUUAUUACAAUAAUGAAAUACCUUUCUUUUCA